GAUUUUUGACGGGUCUUCCUUAUUUGUUGAACGUCGCAUACCAUAAUGCGUCCUGUUAUGCCGAGGAGAACCGUCCGCGAAUCUCCAACCUCUCCUCAUUCGGGGCUGACGAUGAAUGUAACCCAUGCAAACCUCCCUACCGUGCCCCUUCUUGUUCCCCACUAUCCGACAACUGCCCCAUUUGCCACUCUUUCCUCUUUCGUCGGGCAGGAGACUAGUGAUUCAACAUACAUUAAAGAAGAUUCGGAAUCUUCUGCCACGCCCGGAGUUAAUCAAAGACUUGAAGAUGUUCUAUCUCCUCUCCUAAAUGCAGUGGUUUCAUCUUCUGAACCGAGUUCUCGUUGCAACACCCGUCCCCGUUACGUACUUCCCCCGGGCACAGUCACAGCUGCGCGUUAUUCCGCCCACGAGGCAACUCCUGGAAUUUCUCAAAUACCAAUGCAGACCAGUUGGCCAGUCUCCAACGAACCGCUCGGUUCUGGAUCUCUGGGUUCGGAGGCGUCAUCUCCAGUCACUCCAGCGACGUCAGAUCCACUACCGACUCCAGUGACUCAAUCGUUAUCGAGCACUUCCUACGAACCGAUCAGCGGAGUGUGGUUUUAUGCAACCAAUUUGAAUGGAUCAAAAAUCUGGUGGCCUUUUUCUCGCCAUGAUUCUUCUCGUUUAGAAAGCAUGGCGCACGACGCUAAUUUGUUGGUUCCUUCCAGAUCGGAGUCUUUCACCGCCUGUCUGCUCCCCGUGGAAGGGGGACGUUAUGAUGUCAACUUGGGCCUGCGUGAGCGUCACUCAGUCUAUUGGGACGAGCCGGUCACUGAAGUCCGUCGAGCAACGUGGUUUUAUCGGUCACCGGACGAAAAUCGUGUUCUUCCAUUCUCUGAGGCUGUUUGCGAACAGCUAGAGGGUCACUUUAGGGAUGUUGUGCAACAUGGGCUCUGGGGCCAACGCUUUGAAAUGCCAUCUGAGGACCCACGCGGAGGAACCGAUUAUUUCAUCUUUCACAGCCCUCAGUCUAUUAUCCAGUUUCGUGCGUGGCCGUACUCCUACGGCUCUAUCACCGAGCGCUCGGAUGCAUCGGAGACACUAGCUUCAGCAGACGAUACUGAUUCUUAUUCGAAGGUACAUCCCAGCAUCUCCGUUUCCGAGCAUGACGGUCGCUUAUACCACGUUCGUCGCGGAUUAGACGCACCGUUGAUGGAACAGCUGGAAGACGGAGAAUUUCUUCCCAUUGAUCAUGUAUACUUCGUUGUGCACGGGAUCGGAAGCGUUUACAAUCUCAAGGGACAGGGUUUGAUCGAAUGUGUCAACAAUCUCAGACGGACUGCACGUCAGGUGGCACGCAGUCACUUCGCCCACCAUGGACAUCGGGUGGAAUUUCUUCCAAUUCUGUGGCACGAUGAGCUACAUUCGGAUGCGACUGGUGUGGACAGUCAGUUGAAUCAAAUCACCUUACGAAGCAUCCCGAAGCUACGGCAGUUCACCAACGGAACCUUAAUGGACAUUCUGUUUUACACGAGCUCAAGAUAUUGCCAAGUCAUUGUGGAUACAGUCGCCAAAGAGAUGUGCAGGCUACGUAAUUUGUUCCUCUCCAGAAAUCCAAACUAUUCUGGCGGUUUCUCGAUCAUCGGUCACAGCUUGGGUGCAGUUAUCGUUUUUGAUCUAUUGGCCCACCAGAAUUUGCCUCUGCGUAGUUCAUCAGACGAGCUUACAAUUCCCGAAUCUGCAGACACAAAUGGGACACGUUUAGAUGUCGAGCACACGACCCGCCCUCCAGACUCUUCCAUCAGCGAUGAGAGUGGACGAAGCAGCAGCAGUUUGGGCGCUGCAGGCGAGAUGGAAGGUUGGUCACUUGUGGGCCAUCGUGCGAAACACAAGCCUCCCGAAUCAGAAACCACCGUAGUUACCAAGUCCUCUUCGGAUAGCCUCCAGAGUUCUGGAGCUGCCACAAACCCAGAAAUUACCAAGCUGAUUGAUCUGUUAUCCCGCGCCGGACUGGCGGAAAACAAAAUCAGUCAAGUAGUGGAUUCAUGGUUCGGCGAUGGGGUACUGUCGGUCGUUCCCCCUGAUCGGUCAACUGAUGCUUCAACGCUUGUGCAUAAUCCAUUCUGGCUGGACCACCAACAAGAGACCAUGUCUGCGGGCUUCGGAAUGCCCGUAGUUGUCUACCCUCAACUGGGAUUCCCGCUCACUACUUUUUUCAUGCUUGGUUCACCAUUGGCCCUAUUCCUGACGGCCAGAGGCGUUCGCCAGUUGCCUUCUCAUUAUCAUCUACCGUCAUGCCCUUUGGUGUUCAACAUCUUUCAUCCUUUUGAUCCGGUGGCCUAUCGGAUGGAGACUCUGAUUGAGCCGACAUUUCAGGCUCGAGCCGUUCUCAUGCCGCAUCACAAAGGUCGUAAGCGGUUGCAUUUGCAACUGCGCGACAAUCUAGCUCGCGUCGGAUCGGAUCUGAGGGCGAAGUUGUAUCAAUCGGUCCAAGCUACCUGGCGUACUCUGCAGGAAUUUGCGCGAUCUCAUCGGAUACGUGGAAACCAGACCGAUCCCUCUCAAGAUGUUGCAGGAGAUGAUGACGGGGCCGCAAACACUUUCUCUAAAGAGCUUUCCCAAAUGGAUUCUCAACCUGGUGAUCGCGAGGAUGUCGGAUCAUAUUUCUCCGAAGGUGAUAUGACCUUUAGUAGCCAGCUAAACAAAUGCAAACGGAUUGAUUUUGUGCUUCAGGAAGCUCCAUUAGAAAGUUUCAGUGACUACUUGUUCGCAUUGGGGAGCCAUGCUGCCUAUUGGGAGUCGAAGGACACCUCCCUCUUCCUUCUCACAGAAACCUACGCUGUACAAUCGGUGACUCCUGUGACUUCAGAACCGCAGUCUUCGGACGAAGUACCUGUGCCGAGUUUGCUACCCGCCAGCGGCGAUGCAGUUUCGUCGAUUCAGCCACUGCCUCCGCUUGCUGCCUGCUUUCCCACCAGUGUGCCCCUUCUGUGUCCUAUGCCACCAGCACCCGACGAUCCAAUGGCAUUAACGACUUCAUGCGAUGCUUCGCCCAGAAGUCUGCCAAUUGCUGACGAUUCUGAAAUGCCGGUCGCAUCCGGUCAAUUGACUGACACAGUACUGCUCCAGCCGGCUCCCAUGGAUCCACUUUACACUAAAUUUCAUGGAGAGCAUGUGGACUCUUCAGGUUUAUCACACGAAGACCUACCGAUUUCAGAUGACGCUUCCCAGCACCCUAUGGAUACACGGAUUCCUCACGCACUACCACCGUCAACCUCGCAAUCCUAUCAGCAUGGUCCCCAGUAUCCUGAUCUCGCACACAAUCCUGCAGUCUAUAAACCGCCUCUCUCAGUAGCUACUUAUCCUACUUUGGCAUCUGUUAGCGAACCGCCUGUCGGUUUAACUAUUCUACAUUCAUCCAACCCUUUAGAUGUCUGUCGAUACACAUGGUCUGGUCCGUACUUGCCAACACCAGCUCCCUCAAUAACUCCAUCUUAUCCAACGCAGUACCAUCUGACAUCAUCUAUUCCUCCACCAUUGUCCAAUCCAAGCUCUUUUCCCAUACCGCCGCCUCCACCACCGCCUCCACUGCCAUUUUCUUUUGCUCCUGGGUCGCUACCGUUUCCUCCACCAAGGUACGCCUUCCGUCCUCCGUAGGUGUCGCUUGCACCGACGCGCUCCAACCUGUAUCGUGAUACGAGCAUAUUUUUACGAUACGUUUGUUUCGAAAGAACGCGCGCCCUAUUUGUCUUUUUUUGUAACCGUGUCGAUUCUGUGAUCUGCGCGAUUUGAGUUUACUUACACUUUGAUCUACGUUCUAUUACUUUUCGGCGUUUGAUUUUGUCUUUGUAUUUCUUGCAGCUGUUCUUGCUCAUCGUGUGUAUCCUGUCCGGAGUAAAACAUUCUAUUGUGCUCCAUGCAUGCUUUGUUUUUCUUGUCCUGUUUCUCUGGUAGUCACUUGAGGACUCAGUCAGCUCAGCGAUAUUCUCGUCUUACGACAUCCUGUCGCUUACUGCGUUUCUGGCUGAUUCAAGACAAAUUCACCCUCCAUCUUGCUUCACUUUCCCCCUGUUUUAUCUCGAAUCGAAUUCGUAGAUCUAUUACACCUUUU